AUGAUUGACAGAAUCAAAUCCAUUGUUUUUCGUGAAGCUCGCGAUGCUGGUGCAACAUUUAUAAAUAGACAAUGGAUCGUGGACAAAAUUCACCGUACGACUCGAUUUGUUUCAGAGUGGUGGAAAAAAUCAUAUGACCAAUGCUUUGCUGAUUAUUCAAAUGCUGAUCCUAAACUUAAAUUAUCACAAGCUGGUCAAGACAUCAUUCGUGAAGCAAGUGAAUACGUCACUCGAAGAACAAUUAAUGAUUACCGUCAUAGAGAAGGAUUAAAACCUUUUCAUGUUAUUUCAAAACCGUUAAAAUCUGAAACUCAUAUAUCAGAUCGAUUAUGGCUGUGCAAUUGGUUAAAAGAAUGGACUGAAGAAGAUGGAAGAUAUCGUGAAAUGGUAAAACAUCAAGCAUGUAUUGGAGUUUUUAUAAUGUUUACUUGCAAAAGAUUACUUUGGGUUAUCAAAGAUAAAGGUGAAUCUUGGACCGGUCAAUACUUUCGUGAUAUAAUUUUGACUUAA